AUGUCUCAAGCAAACCUCACGCUCUCCUACUACGUCUGGGCUCCCGACAGCAAGGCUGGCGACGUCGCUCAGAAACGUCAGGCCAUCCUCGCCGAGUACACCGAUUGGCACACUGCCCGCCUCGCAGAUGGAAGCGUCCAGUACGGCGGCGCCAUCCUCACGAAGGACACGAAGCUCCCACUCGCCUCCAACCCCGAGGUCGCGGGCACCAUCUUGAUCGUCAAGGCGGCCAGCCUGGAGGCCGCGCACAAGCUCGUCGAGCAGGAUCCGUGCUACAAGGCCGGCGUGUGGGACACCUCCGCCCUCAAGAUUGCGCCUGUCCUGUCCAGGACUUAG